AUGACGUGGCCUCACUCCACUUUUCAGAUCCUGGAGGACCUGGUGGAGCGGCUGGGACCCCACCCCAAGAGGAGCCACGCGCUCGUGCAGUUUGAGACGGUCCACCCAGACGAGCAGCAAGCCGAGGACAGCGACGUGGGCAGCGGCUGUGGUGACAGCAGGGGUGACCGCGCCGCGGACAAGGUGUUCAUCACCCAGAGCGCAGACGUCCCAUUCGUAUCCGGCGCGGACGCGGUGUUUCUCAACGCAAUACCUGAGCCCCUGAUACACAGCCCUCCCGCUCGCCGGUUCGGCGUGGACGCGCCGGCCAUGCUGCCCGCGGCGUCCAACGCGCUGGCGGCCGGGUUUGCUGCGGGCCUGUACGACGGCUCCGCGCUCGACCAGCAGCAGGCGGCGCAGGCGGUGGCGCAGCAGGCGAUGACCAGGCAGCACGCGCACGGCCAGCCCAUGAUCGUCGUCUCAAACGGCCUGGCGAUGCCCCCGCUGCUGCCCCAGCAGCUCGGCGCGCACACGCACCCUCAAGACGGCGCAUCCGCCGCGGCAGCAGCGCGCGCGCGCCGCGCGAGCGCGGCCGCGGCCAUGGGCAUGCAAGCGCUUGGCAUGGACGGCGACUCUUCAGACGCGCUGGCGUCCCUGCAGGCGUACGUGAUUGGGGAGGAUCCCUGGGAAUCCCUGCCGGCGUCCGCCGCCGCAGUGGGCCCCUCGGGGCCACAGCCGCCGAUGAUGCAGCUACAGGUGCCGCAGCAUCAGGCGUCGCUGGCGCCGCUGUCGCCGCAGAUGCUCCCCGGGGGCGGCGCCAUGCCGAUGCUGAUGCCCACCGCGCCGCGCGCGCCGCGCGCGCGCCGCCACAGCAUGUUUGUCAGCGCAGGGGCCGACCCCCGCGCCGUGCGCCGUGGCAGCGUUGGCAACUUUGACAGCAACCCCGCGCUGAUGCAGCAGCUGCAGCAGGCCGCUGCAGCGGCCUCUCUGCCGGCCGGCGCCGUGUUUGCGCCCAUCCAGAGCGGCCGCGCGACGCCCAACGGCUACGGCGGCACCGGCACCCCCAGCGGCGGCGUCAACGCUGCCGCGCUCCAGAUGGGUCUGGCCUCGGCGGCGAUCGCCGAGCGCCUGGCGGUGCUGGGCCUGGGCGACCCGGCUGCCGGGCAGCUUCCCGCUGGCGGCCUCCUCCAGCAGGCACACCUCGCGCAGUCGCAGCCCUCCCUGGCGGCUCAGAUGCAGGUGCCGCUUGCGCAGCGGCAGCAGGCGCCCCCUUGGGCCGCCGCCGCGGCGCCCGGCGCGGCCCCGCACGGCGGCGCCUUCGUCGCGGGCGCGCCCCGCGCGCCCAACGCCGGCUCGAGCCGCCGCCACAGCUGGUGCCCCACGGGGUCUGUGUACUUUGGCCCCGACGGCGUGCGCGCCGCGCGGCCCGGCCGCGGCGACCAGCUCGCGCCCAUGCAGAUGGUCGACGGCAGCGUGGGGGGCACCAGCGGGUACACCAACCUGGCCGCGAGCACCUCGUCAUAUGCGACCCCCUCCCAGUCGAGCCUCCACUACAGCCAGCCCCCCAGCCCGCUGAGCAGCAACGGCAGCGCCGCCGCCGCCGCCAAGGCCGCGGGCGGCGUCGCGCAGUACGCGCCCGCGGGCGCCGGCGCCGCGCUCGCGCCCGACGCGCUCGGCGCCGCGGGGCCGGGCGGGCAGCUGCAGAGGGCCUGCUGA